GCAGUUGGGACGCUGGGAGUACUACAAACAAAGGCUUUCCUUCCUGGUCUUGGCUUUCCUGGUGGCCACAGUGCUAUGGGCUCUCAUUCUGAGCACCCUAUUGUCCAAGGCCCACGACAAUGAUCCUUUAACGCAGAACAAGUUGUAUGCCACCUGGCAGGGAAGGCACAAACUUGUUCCCUCUGUGGCGCACCAGAUGGCAUCCUGAACGUCAUGCUGUAUUCCUGGACUGCUCCUCCGUGGAUACCAAACACGGGUCCUCACACACUCUAGGAAAGCGGAAGGUUCCCAACUUCUGCUUGCUUCUCUGCAGCCUCCAGCGAGCGCAAGGCGCUGCUCAGCGACCAGGACCAGCUAAAGACAAACGGUGCGUGCGGAACUGCAAAGCAGGGAGUCUGCGUCCCCUGGCGGUAGGAGCCUCAGAGCAAAAGAUGAUGCUGAGUGCCCUGAAAGAAGAUGUCGGAGCCUGCAGGAACUGCUGCUCCGGGAUGAAAGCGCAGUUGCAAACCACACUCGCUGAGUUUAAGAACACACAGACAAAGCUGAUGGAGCAGGAGAGCGCCCUCAAAGAGCUGCAAGAGCGUGUGACUCAGAGUUUGGCUAAAGCAGCCAGAGAUCGUGAAGACAUCCGCAGUGAGCUGUUCCAGGCACUGGAGGCUGUCAAGCAACAAAAUAAAUCCUGUGAGCAGUGCCCCACAUCAUGGCUACACUUCCAAGGAUCCUGCUACUAUUUCUCAGAGACUCAGGCUAUAUGGGACACAGCGCAGAGCUACUGCUCAGUCCACGGUGCCCACUUGGUGAUUGUCAAAGACCUGGAUGAGCAGAGCUUCCUGAGUCAGCGCACGCGGGGCCGAGGCUAUUGGUUGGGUCUGAGGACAGUUCGCCACCUCGGCAAGAUUCAAGGCUACCAGUGGGUAGAUGGAGUCUCACUCACCUUCAGUCACUGGAACUCUGGAGAGCCCAACGAUUCCAGAGGACGUGAGGACUGUGUCAUGAUGCUACACUCGGGGCUGUGGAAUGAUGCACCAUGUAGCAAUGAGAAGGACGGCUGGAUCUGCGAGAAGAGGAGCAGCUGCUGAUCCUGCCCAGUGUCCCAGUGCCAUGUCUGUUGCCUCAGGGUAAACCCAGAAGUGUGGCGCAUGUUUCUUGAGCCCACUGCCAAGAUAUUUUUUGCUAAUGCAACAUUACUAAGAACCACUCAACCUGACCAGUGCAUGCUUUGGAGACCCCAGCUCUGACUCACAAAAUAGUACACCUCCCAGCUAAUCUGACUUUUGUCAAUUUCAAAAUCACUGCUCUAAAGCCCUGGUCAUCUGACCACCCCCCCACACACACACCUGCCUUCCUAGACACAGUAUCAGAGCUGUUCUAUCUUCCUGUAUCCUCCUGUCCCAUCCCUCUGACUUGGAGCUAUCUCCAUAGAGAAAAGGAGCAUCAACAAAUAUUUGAGAACUGAAUCAAGGCUCUGGGUCUGUGUCAGAAAAGAGUGAUCUCAGUAUCCCACAAGGAACAUGCAAAGUAAAGUAAUUUAUUUUCCCAGGAAAGGUGUGCCAGAACCCAAACUGGGGUUGCAAGCAGCACACCUGGCCAUGAUUUUCUGUGACUUUCAUCCCUGAUGUAAGUGAUGACCUCAUCUCACCCCUACUGGUGGAAUCUCAGCUUUUCACUCUGGCAUGGUUGACUAAUUAACACAAAAGGAAGAGGGGGCUUCAGAGAAUAUGGGCCUUUAUCAAACUGACUACCUUCAAUAUUAAAAGGGGUUCUCACAA